AUGGCCCAGCAGCAAGGCUUGCCCAAGACGGCCCAAAAGGUGAAUUUGAUAGCCAUUCAAAGUUUAAAUUCCUACGUAGAUGGAGCUACGACAUUGGAGAAAGGAGGAACCUAUCCGUUUUCUUCUUAUGAAUCUGGCUUGAUGGAUAUUGAAUUUGUCAUGUCCUUUCGCAAGACGGGAACCAAAUCGGCCAAUCCCACUACCAGUCGGCGCAAAGUCGAAUUGCAAGUGCCACCGCCAACCAUGGAUCCCAAACGAGUAACACCGCAUGUGCAACGGCAGGUCGUGAAACUACUUCGGAUGGCUGAUUUGCCCGUUCCAUUGUUGGAUUACGACGAAGAAGGCGAAGAAGCAGCAGAGGCCCAACGACAAAUGACGGAUCCCAAUCGACAAGGAGGAAUAUCGGAAGCGUACAUGGGAAAUCAAGUAUUACGACAACAGCAAUCUAGCCGCAAGACAGCAUGGGAUCGAUCACGAGACCGUUUCCAUGCACGAUUGAAUUGGAAAAAGUAUGAUCAGAUUUACAAGCAAGCGUUACAUGAUGCCCAAGCACAUCAAAUGACCAAGGACAUGAUACGAAACAAUCCUCGAGCACGAAGACUACUACUCUCCAAGAUUCUCUCCAAUAUCCAAUUCACUGACAAUGUAAUACCCCUGGAACGAUUAGUAGCCUACCGACGCCUAUUGCGCUUGAUCGACGAAAAUUUUGAUGAACUAAGCAUUGAAGACUUUGGCAAGUAUUGGGAAGAACUAUCCAUUGUCAUUACCGAGGCUCGACCCUACAACACUUCGUCUUCGGCCAUGAAGAAACGGCGACGACGCAAUCUAGAGACGGGAUAUAGUUUCACCAUUCACCACGAUGACAGCGUCACGGUGACAGUGCCUGUCGACUUUCAAAAUGAUGAGUUGGUGCAGGAGUUGCAGCGCAACGUUGGAGAUUUCUAUCAAUGGACACUCCAAGAUAACAGUGUUGAAAGCAUAUUUGAAUAA